AUCUUCCCCUUAUUAUUAAUCAUUAUUAUUUUCAUUUAAUCACCUACACCACCAGUUGUCAGUUGACAAUCUGAACAAAUCCUUUCAUUUUCUUAAAGUCACCAUCGCCUAACCAAAUCCACAGAGAGGAACACACCAAAAACGGCUCAUCUUUGCAUAAAUAACUCUUAAGAUUUAUGACAAAUUGACAGCUGAUUUUAAGACUCCGGUGAUAGUGUUUGUGUUUCUGGAUUUUCGUUUGGGCAUUUUGACGAACGCCAAAAAUGCACGCCAAAACAGACUCGGAGGUGAGCAGUAUCACACCAUCGUCUCCCACUAGAUCUCCGCGCCGCCCAGUCUACUACGUACAGAGCCCAUCCAGGGACUCUCACGAUGGGGAGAAAACGACCACGUCGUUUCAUUCCACGCCUGUGCUUAGUCCCGUGGGAUCUCCACCUCAUUCUCAUUCCUCCGUCGGACGCCACUCUCGCGAGUCAUCUUCUAGUAGGUUUUCUGGGUCCUUGAAGCCCGGAUCGCGCAAGAUCUCUCCUAAUGAUGGGUCAAGGGGCGAUCAGAGAAAGGGACAGAAGCAAUGGAAGGAGUGUGCGGUGAUUGAAGAAGAGGGGCUUCUUGAAGAUGAAGAGAGAGAAAAGGGAAUACCUCGUCGCUGCUAUUUUCUUAUUUUUGUUCUCGGUUUCUUUGUUCUCUUCUCUUUUUUCUCUUUAAUUCUAUGGGGUGCCAGUAAGCCACAAAAACCCAAGAUCACAAUGAAGAGUAUAACAUUUGAGCAUUUUGGCAUUCAAGCUGGCUCCGAUGCUACAGGAGUGGCAACUGAUAUGAUUUCAGUGAACUCUACAAUAAAGAUGAUUUAUCGCAACACAGGAACAUUUUUUGGAGUCCAUGUAACAUCCACACCAGUCGAUCUAUCCUAUUCAGAGAUCACCAUAGCUUCAGGAAUUCUAAAGAAGUUUUACCAGUCAAGGAAAAGCCAUAGAUCGGUUGCAAUAUCCGUAAAGAGCAAUAAAAUUCCUCUGUAUGGAAGCGGAGCGGGUUUAAGCAGUUCAACGGGGAUGCCUACCCUACCAGUGCCUCUAAAGCUAAACUUCAUUAUCAGAUCGAGAGCUUAUGUUUUGGGGAAAUUGGUUAAGCCAAAAUUCUACAAGAGAAUUGAAUGUGAUAUUACUUUUGACUCCAAGAAGCUCAAUGUCCCAAUCUCGCUUAAGAAAUCUUGCACAUAUGAUUGAUUGAAGAUAGUGAUUUACAUUCUUUAUUAAAAAAAAAAAAUUCCUCUUUUAAUUUAUUUUUGUUUAGUUGUCGUUGAAGAAGAAGAGUGGAAAUGAGAAACAGCUAAGCGGGCAGCUUUAGAGACUGGGUGGGCAAGGAUCGGUUUUGGACUUUUUGGUUGCCCCGAAGUGUGAAAACAGCCUGGAAUGGAUUCGAUAGUGACUUGUGAGUGAUAAAGUCAUAGUAACUUUUCUUUUCUUUAAUCUCUCAAUAUGAAUAUAAAUAUUGAUGUAAAAUUAAUAAACUGUAUUAUUAUUAUUUUUUGUGUAA